GAAAAAGGAAAAACAUUUAUCCGUUGGCCGUACCACCGACCGGAGAACUACUACUGCACACAUCUUCCUCGUCCGAUCAACUGGAAGCGGAAGUUGCUGCUCUUCCAUGGCUUUCUCACCUUCCUUCACAUCACCAUCAGCACGCUUAAGCGUUGUCUCCUUCUCCCAAACCCACCAAUCUCUGAACCCAUCUGCUUCGCUCCCGUUCUCGCCCUUGACCCGCCAAAAAACCCCUCAUCUCCGUCUGGUCAUCGCCUCCGCAUCCAAAUCACAGACGAAACAGACCGCGAGAAAGCGGUCAUCGUCAUCGUCAUCGUCAUCGUCGGUGCCUGCGAAGGGUAGUGGAAGUACAAAUAAGAAGCGGAGAAGGAAGGGGAAAAGUGGGGUUUCGGGGGAUGAUGAUUGGGAUAUGAGCGACGCAGAGAUUGUUGAGGAAGAUGAUGAUGGUGAUUUUUCUUCGAAUUCGCGGUCUCUGUCGACGUAUAGUCCUCCGACAAUGCCGAAACCACCAUCUGGGUUCGUGAUCGAUGAAAGUGGUAGGGUUCUUAUGGCUUCUAAUAAGCGAAUCGCUACCAUUAUUGAUUCUACGAACAACAGCCCUUUGGAUUGUGUUAUAAGAAGAAUAUUUACGAGUUCUCGGGGAGAAGAAUGCAUGCUUCUAUGUCCUGUUGAUACACCAGUCCAGAUUUUGAAGAGCACAAAUAUAGAUGGAUGGUCGGCUGUCAGCGAUGAAGAGGUUGAAGCUCUUCUUCCGACUGCUGCCUUUGCUCUUGCUAAAAUACAUAUGCAUCUUGUAAACAGCGGAUUUUGUUACACUGCAAGAGGAGGAUUUUGCUACACAGAAGAUAAUGUCUUUGAUUUCCGCACAGAUGACGGCCAAGACGUUGAAGGCUUGCCAACAGAAGGAAUUGAAAUUACGUGUUUCCAUCUGGAUGGAGCCCAUUACAUGAUCUACACACCUUCAGAUCCACUUCUAUUUGUUGCUGUAAAGGAUCAGAACGGGCAGCUACGAAUUGCGGAUGAUGAACUCCUAGAAGAUCCAGCCGUGAUCAGCGCCAUAGACGAGGAGACAGAAUUCAAUGCCUUGGUGGAGGAAGAGGCGGCUCUUCUCGAGUCACUGCUAGGCGAAAGAUAAUACCGACGGGCCUUGAUCGGGGCGUUAGUUGUUAGUUCCCUUUUUCUUUUUACCUUCUCCUCUUCCUCCUCUGUUACAGGCAAGUUCUCUUUCAUGUAAACCCUUAAGUCAUAUCUUUGAAGCAGGUGUGAAGAUAAGCAAGAUCUCAUUUUGCCAUGCAAAUGUGUAUGUGUGUGUGUAUGUCUCACGGAACAUGAUAGAAGUCCUUUGGCAGGAAUUUAAAAACUCUUAUAGGAAAGGAUUUUUUUC